AUGGAGCAAGAGGCUCGCCUGGAGAGGAGCUGGGCAGGGCAGCACGGCGAGGGCAGGGAGGUGGAGAGAAGGCAGACGAAAGUGUCGGAGAAGAAAGAGAGUGGCCGGACGGCUCAAGAAAGCAGGAGCACACGGAGCAAGGGGAAGGGGCGGCGAGUCAGGCCCACCUCUCCGGAGCUAGAGUCCUCAGAUGAUUCCUAUGUCUCAGCGGGUGAAGACCCCCUGGAAGCCCCCAUCUUUGAGAUCCCCAUCCAGGACAUGGCAGUGGCCGUGGGGGCAGAGGUGCUGCUUAAGUGCAUUGUCACAGCCAACCCCCAGCCGGAAGUGUCCUGGAGGAAGGACGGGGUCCCGCUGCGGAGCAGCACGACGCGGCCCAUCAAGGCGGAGGGCGAGCGUCAUACCCUGCUGGUCAGGAGUCUCGCCGCUGCUGUCACUGGGAAGAAACCGGCUUCCUUACCCUACAAGGCUCUGUCUGAACCAAAGCAGAUGACGUGCUCCCGGCAAGCACGGAGGGAUCCUGCCGUGCGGGGGGAGCGGGGUCAAGGCUCCCCCGUCGUGGAGCGGCAUGGGAACUUGGCACCCCCCCUCGGCCAGAGGCCAGCCCUCACCUCGGAUGAAGAGUACCUGAGCCCCCUGGAAGAGUUCCCCGAGUCUGGAACACCCCAGCACCGACCAGCCAUGAAGCUGCAGCCUAGAGCCGAGCAUGGGGCUGCCCACGGCUCCCCGGAGAGCACCUUCAAGGCUGCACCCACCUUUGAGGUAUCCCUGUCGGACCAGUCGGUGCUGGAGGGGCAGGAUGUCAGCAUGAGCGUCCGUGUCCGUGGGGAGCCCAAGCCCAUCAUUUAUUGGACCGGGCAGCCGGUGAAGUACGGCCGCCGGCAUCACACGGAGGAGGCGGAGGGGGUGCGGGGCCUCUUCACGCUGCACAUCCUGGCGGCGGAGCGCACUGACACCGGCUUCUACACCUGCAAGGCUGUCAAUGAGUACGGCACCAAGCAGUGCGAGGCCAAGCUGGAGGUCAGAGACAUGGACGUGGACUGGCUAUCCCGGGGCCGGCUGCUCCAGCCCGCCCUGCUCAAAUGCAAGAUGCAUUUUGACGGGCGCAAGUGCAAGCUGCUGCUCACCUCCGUGCACGAGGACGACAGCGGGAUCUACACCUGCAAGCUCAGCACAGCUAAAGAUGAGCUGACCUGCAGCGCCCGGCUGACGGUGCAGCCCUCCGUGCAGCCGCUCUUCACCCGCAAGCUGGAGGACGUGGACGUGGUGGAAGGGCGGACGGCGCGUUUCGACUGCAUGAUCAGUGGGACUCCUCCUCCGGCGGUCACCUGGACUCAUUUUGGCCAGCCGGUGCAGGAGGGGGAGAACGUACGGAUUCAGCGGGAUGGGGGGCUGCACUCACUGGUCAUUGUACACGUGGGCAGCGAGGAUGAGGGGCAGUACACGGUGACAGCCAGGAACGCCCAUGGCCAUGUGGAGUGCUCUGCUGAGCUCUACGUGGAGGAGCCGCGACCGUCUGCUGCUUCCCAGAUCUCCAAGCUGGAGAAGAUGCCAUCCAUCCCAGAGGAGCCGGAGCAGGCGGAAACGGAGGCAGAGUGCUUCACCAUGCCUGAUUUCCUGAAGCCGCUGCACAACCUGGACGUGGUGGAGUCAAAGGAGGCCGUGCUGGAGUGCCAGGUGGCCGGGCUGCCCUACCCCUCCAUCACCUGGUUCCACAACGGCUCCCGCAUCGACAGCACCGAGGACCGCAAGAUGAUGCAGUAUAAGGAUGUCCAUCGCCUGGUGUUCACGGCCGUCAGCCAUGCACAUGCUGGUGUCUAUAAAAGUGUCAUCGCCAACAAAGUGGGGAAGGCCACGUGCUACGCACACCUCUAUGUCACCGAUGUGGUGCCGACCCCCCCGGAUGGGCCCCCCACCGUGGCCUCGGUGACUGGCAGAGCCAUCACGCUGACCUGGAACAAGCCCAAGUGGCUGGACACUGCCAUAGACCCCAACUCGGUGACCUACAUGGUGCAAAUGCAAGUGCUGGGCACGACGCAGUGGCUGGUGCUGGUGGCCGGCGUGCGGGACACCACCUACACAGUGCACGGGCUGACCAAGGGUGCCCAGUACCUCUUCCGUGUCAUCACUGCCACCCCCAAGACCAACAGCAAGCCCUCCCCGCCUGUGGGGCCUGUGCAGCUCCUGGACCGGGGUCCCUACCUGGAAGAGGCCCCGGUCAUCCUGGACAAGCCAGAUGUGGUCUACGUGGUGGAGGGCCAGCCAGCCUCUAUCAUCAUCACCAUCAACCACGUGGAGGCCGCUGUCACCUGGAAGAGCUGCAGGGGCGGGCAGGUGCUGGAGGAGCAGGAGGGGAUGUGCGAGGUGACGAUGCCGGAUGAUGACCAGCACUGCCUGCGGCUGCUGCGCGUGGGCCGGGGGGCCGCGGGGCCACUGGUCUGCGAGGUGAGCAACCGCCACGGCGCUGCCCGCUGCACCCUCCGCCUCCGCCUCGCAGAGGCACCGCGCUUUGAGUCCAUCAUGGAGGACAUCGAUGCCCAGGAAGGGGAGACGCCACGCUUCGCCGUGGUGGUGGAGGGGAAACCGCUGCCAGACAUCAUGUGGUACAAGGACGGGGAUCUGCUGGAGGAGAGCAGCCACCUGAGCUUCGUGUAUGAGGACAACGAGUGCUCACUGGUGGUGCUGGGCGCUGCUGAGUCUGACAGUGGCGUCUACACGUGCACAGCCAAGAACCUGGCUGGGGAGGUCUCCUGCAAGGCGGAACUGGUGGUGCGGGCAGCUCAGCCUGCUGCCGAUGCCACCAUGGAGGAGGAUGCUCUGCACAAGGCACGACGCCUGACCGACUACUACGACGUGCACGAGGAGAUCGGGAGGGGGGCUUUCUCCUACCUGCGGAGGGUGACGGAGAAGAGCAGCCGGCUGGAUUUUGCUGCCAAGUUCAUUCCUGGGAAGACCAAGGCCAAGCAGUCAGCACGGCGGGAGCUGCACAUCCUCUCACAGCUAGACCACGAGCGCAUCGUCUUCUUCCACGAUGCCUUUGAGAAGAAGAACGCUGUCAUCGUGGUCAUGGAGCUCUGUGCUGAGGAAGAGCUGCUGGACAGGAUGGCGAGGAAGCCCUCGGUGUGCGAGUCCGAGGUCCGAUCCUACAUGCGGCAGGUCCUGGAGGGGAUCUGCUACCUGCACCAGCACAGCGUCCUGCACCUGGACAUCAAACCAGAAAACCUCCUGAUGGCGGAUUCGAGCAGCGAGCAGGUCCGGAUCUGCGACUUCGGCAACGCGCAGGAGCUGACACCCGAGGAGCCGCAGUACUGCAAGUACGGCACCCCCGAGUUCGUGGGGCCUGAGAUCGUCAACCAGAGCCCUGUCUCCAGUGUCACCGACAUCUGGCCUGUGGGUGUCAUCGCCUACCUCUGCCUGACGGGGAUCUCCCCCUUUGUGGGGGAGAAUGACAAGACGACGCUGAUGAACAUCCGCAACUACAACGUGGCCUUUGAGGAGAAGAUGUUCCAGGGGCUCACCCGGGAAGCCAAGGGCUUUGUCAUCAAAGUGCUGGUCAAUGACAGGCUGAGGCCCAAUGCGGAGCAGACUCUGGAGCAUCCCUGGUUCAAGACGCUGGCCAAGGGGAAAGUCAUCAGCACCGACCACCUAAAGCUCUUCCUCUCCCGUCGGAAAUGGCAGCGCUCGCAGAUCAGCUACAAGUGCAACAUGGUGCUGCGGCCGAUCCCGGAGCUGCUGGAGGACACGUCCAACCACCUCUCCAUCGCUGUGCCCCGGCACCUCAAGGAGUCACCAGCGCUGUCAUCCUCUUCGGACUCGGACGACCUGGAUGAGCUGCCCUUCAUCCCCAUGCCACACCAGGUGGAGUUCUCUGGCUCCCGCAUGUCGCUCAAUGAGAUCCCCACAGACGAUGAAGCCAUUGGGCCAUCUGAGGGGCCGCGGCUGGAGGGGGUGGCACCAGGGGACGUCUCAGCCAUGGAGUGGCAGAGCCAGGCACCAGCAUCAAGGAAGGAGGCGAAGCCCACCGGCUCCUCCAGCUCCCUGCUCAUCCAGGACAUCGACUCAGAGGAGGUCUUUGAGGCCAAGUUCAAGCGGGGCAGGGAGUCAUCGCUCACCCGGGGGCUGAAGCUCCUCACCCGCUCUCGCUCUGAGGACCGGCACCUGGCGGGCCCUCCGGCCACCGAUGAGGGCAUCUACCGUCCCACACCGGCCGGUGUGCCCCUGGAGCUGCGCAGGGACCGUCCCACUGGGCUGGUGGCCAAGUCCAAGUCCGUGCAGGACCUGCAUGAGGUGGAGAAGGAUAGGGGCUUCCUCCGGAGGAUGUCUGUCCUCCUCAAGCGGACCCCUCCUGCUGAGAGGAAGAAGAGCAGGGGGGAGGACGGGGGUGGUGAGACCCCAUCUGGCGGGCGCCGCUUGUCCUGGAGCCUGGCCAUGGGCCACUCCAAGGAGCGGAGGGACUCAGAGAGCCUCAAGUCGGAACCGGGGGGUGGUGGGGAGAGCGAGUCACCGGUGGUGGCCGUGCGGAGGAAGAUCAGCGCCACGGUGGAGCGGGUCUCUGCACGGAUGCGCAGCCUGUUGGACGAGCGGCCCCAGGGCGAGGGGAGCCAGAAGCGGUCCCGCUGGGAGCGCUGGGGGCUCUCGCGGGGCAAGAAGGAGAAAGUGGCCUCGCAGCCCAGCAUCCCCUCCAGCCUGCUGCGGGAGGAGGGACCCACCACCGGCCGGCCGCACGCACCCAGCGAGUCGGAUUUCCCCCCCGUUUUCCACAUCAAGCUGAAGGACCAGAUGCUGCUGGAGGGGGAGGCGCUGACCCUCCGCUGCCUNCCCGCCGGCAGCCCGACCCCCAGGAUCCUCUGGAUGAAAGACAAGAGGUCCCUGCAGCCGGACAAUGCGCUGAACGUCGUCUCCUGCAAGGACGGCCGGCAGAUGCUCACCAUCGCCAAGGUCUCCAGGAAGGACGCGGGGCUGUAUGAGUGUGCAGCCGCCAACGCCCUGGGCACGGCCAUCAGCUCCUGCACGCUGGCUGUGGCACGGCUCCCUGGGCGGCCGGGAACCCCGGAGAUCCCCCAGAAGUACAAGAACACGGUGCUGGUGCUGUGGAAGCCCGCGGAGAGCAAAGCCCCCUGCACCUACACGCUGGAGCGCAGGCUGGAGGGGAUGUGGGGGGAGCACGAGUGGAAGAUCGUCAGCACUGGCAUUGCUGACUGCUACUUCAACGUGACGGAGCUGCCCCCCGGGAGCACCGCCAAGUUUCGGGUGGCCUGUGUCAACAAAGCCGGGCAGGGGCCCUACAGCAACCCCUCGGGGAAGGUGCACCUCGAGGCGGCAGAUGCCCGAGCUGUCCCAGCCAAGGACAUCACCAUCCCUGUCCCCGUCCCCGAGAAGGUGGCUUCCAGCCGGUCAACCCAGACGCCCUUGCCCCCCACCUCCCCAGUGUCGGCCACCCCUGGUUCAGCCCCCACGCUGUCCCCCACGUCCAACGCUGCACCCACGCGGAAGAUGCCCCCCUACAUGGUCACCUCUUUCGUCUCCAUGCCCCCCGCGUCACCCCCUGCACAGGAGCCCACCACCACCACCCCAUCCUCCAAGGAGCCCCCGGCCGAGAUGGGGGUCCCAGGGGCUAAGGACGGCACGGCGCUGCGGCAGGGUGUCCCCCAAAAACCCUACACCUUCCUGGAUGAGAAGGCGAGGGGCCGCUUUGGGGUGAUCCGGUUGUGCAAGGAGAACGCCACGGGGAAGCACUUCAUGGCCAAGAUCGUGCCUUACGAGGCAGAGAGGAAGCAGAGCGUGCUGCAGGAGUACGAGAUCCUCAAGGCGCUGCACCACGAGCGCAUCAUGGCUCUGCACGAGGCGUACAUCACUCCCCGCUACCUGGUGCUCAUCUGCGAAAACUGCGCUGGCAAGGAGAUCCUCUACAGCAUCGUGGACAGGUUUCUCUACUCGGAGGACGACGUGGUGAGCUACGUGCUGCAGCUCCUGCAGGGCCUCGAGUACCUGCACGGCCGCCGCAUUGUGCACCUCGACAUCAAGCCGGACAAUGUCGUCGUCUCGGGCAUGAACGCUCUCAAGAUCAUCGAUUUUGGCAGCGCCCAGACCUACAACCCCCUCGUGCUGCGGCAGCUGGGGCGGCGCGUCGGCACCCUGGAGUUCAUGUCGCCAGAAGUGGUGAAGGGCGACCCAGUGGGCUCCGCAGCAGAUGUCUGGGGCGUUGGCGUUCUCACCUACAUCAUGCUCAGUGGACGGUCACCAUUCUUUGAACUGGACCCCAUCGAGACGGAGAACCGUAUCCUGGCAGGACGCUUUGAUGCCUUCAAGCUGUACCCCAACGUCUCACAGAGCGCUGCCCUCUUCAUCCGCAAGGUCCUCGCUGUCCACCCCUGGAGCCGCCCCACGGUGAAGGACUGCUUUGCCAACGCCUGGCUCCAGGACGCCUACCUGAUGAAGCUGCGCCGCCAGACCCUGACCUUCACCACCAACCGC